CCCCCCAAUAGCAAUUAUGCAUUGGCUAGAGGCGAUUUGCAGCAAGCUUAGAGUGCCAGCGAGCUGCAACUGCAACACAUAACCAAAAAAUCAUCAACCUCCUCAACUCGAAACUCAAGUCAAGUCCAAAACAACGCCUCUUGCCUCCAGGAGCAGCCCACCAGGAGUCGUCCCAGCUGGAGGAGCAGGAAUCCCCCCGCGGCGGAGGAGCAGCCAGUCUGGAAUGUUGGAACACCCCCAGCGGUUCGUGCGCAACAUCCCCGACUCCUCAGCCAACUCGCAUCCGCCACAGCUGCCGCAGCACCAGAAUCUGAAUCUCAAUCAGAAUCUAAAUCAGAACCAAAAUCAGAUCUAUCAGUACCGUCCCCAGGUGCCAGUGCCCGUUCCCGGCUCACCUGCCCACCACCAGCGACACUCGUCGCUCCCCCAGCAGCAACAGCAGAAUCUGCAGCAGCAACAACAGCAGACGCUGCACCACCACCGCACCCUGUCCACCGCCUCCUCCUGCAGCGCCCAGCACAAAAGUGUGACCUUCGGCCAGCCAGCGCUCGACUGCGGCGGCAACGGCAGCGGAAGCGCCAACGGAAGCGGUAGCGGCAACUCCUCCAGUGGCAGUGCCGCCGGCAACGCUGGAACCCAACCAAUGGCGGGCAACAUGAAGCACGGCAAAUCUCAGGAAGACGUCUGCUACGUGGUAGCCAAGUACGACUAUGCGGCGCAGGGUGCCCAGGAGCUGGAUCUGCGCAAGAACGAGCGCUAUCUGCUGCUGGACGACUCAAAGCACUGGUGGCGCGUCCAGAACAGCCGCAACCAGUCCGGCUACGUGCCCAGCAACUAUGUGAAGAAGGAGAAGCCCUCGCUCUUCGACAGCAUUAAGAAGAAAGUGAAAAAGGGCUCCGGUUCGAAGACGCUGCCCAAUUGCUCGCCCUCGCGACAGAUCGAGAGUCCAACCAUGUCGCGCCGACUGCCCCCCGAUCCCGCCGAGGCCAUCGGCACGGCUGUGGUCAAGUACAACUACCAGGCCCAGCAGCCCGACGAGCUGUCGCUGACCAAGGGCACGCGGAUACUCAUCCUGGAGAAGUCGAACGACGGCUGGUGGCGCGGACAGAGCGGCAACUCCGUCGGCUGGUUCCCCAGCAACUACACAACGGAGGAUUGUGAUAACGACGGCGAGAUCCACACCUACGCCAUGGCCGAGAAUGUGCUCGAUAUUGUGGUCGCUCUCUAUAGCUUCACGUCGAACAACGACCAGGAGCUGUCGUUCGAGAAGGGCGAUCGGUUGGAGAUCGUGGAUCGGCCCGCCUCCGAUCCGGACUGGUACAAAGCUCGCAACAACCAGGGCCAAGUCGGUUUAGUUCCACGCAAUUAUCUCCAAGAGUUGAACGACUACCUGGCCACGCCCUAUCGCAAUACGAGCGCCAGCAACGCCGGUAACGGAAACGGAGGCGGCAGCAAUGGCGGAGCAGGCGGCGGAGGUGGCGGCGGCGGUGGUGACUCCAUGGAGCGACGCAAUGAGGGCAACAAGCCGGCGGCGCAAUCCUCUGGCCAGCCAAUUGAACGGCCCAAUCUGGCGGGCAAGUCGUGGUACUAUGGAGCCAUCACCCGGAGCCAGUGCGACACGGUGCUCAAUGGCCAUGGGCACGAUGGCGAUUUCCUCAUCAGAGACAGUGAGACUAACAUGGGCGACUAUUCGGUUUCGUUGAAGGCCCCCGGGCGCAACAAGCACUUCCGCGUGCACGUGGAGCAGAACAUGUACUGCAUCGGGCAGCGGAAGUUCCACUCCCUGGACCAACUGGUCGAUCACUACCAAAGAGCGCCCAUCUACACGAACAAGCAGGGCGAGAAGCUGUAUCUGGUGCGGUCGCUGCCGAAGGCCAAUGGCACGUAAGCAGGAUAGAGGAUACAGAGCGGCGGAAUCUCAGCAGCGCAUCCAAUCCAUAUUACCCCCGUAUUCAACAAGCAACACACAUAUGCAACACAAAAGAUAUACCAAGGCUAACUUGUAGGCAGCUCAGCUCAGCGCAGAUCGACGUGUAGUUCAAUGUAGUUCGGUUUGAUUCCGUUCCGUUCGGAUAUUCAAUUAUGGACACUCAGUUUUUGGACUUAGAUCUGAUCAGACCAGCGUGUGUAUAUAGAUCGGUUGGUUCAACGCGACCCGUACUCAUAUAUUAGCCACGGACAAAGGACCUUUUUGUACUUUUAUAUAAUUGAAUUAACUAAAUUACCGCUUAAUUAUCGCAUUGGCUAUAUGUUAACGAGAAAUGAGAAACGAUAAACUAAAGAUAACUCAUUAUCGCAUUUGAUUCGAUUUGAGCAAUUCUAGAUGUCAACAUGCAAUUUACAUAUUUACAUACCAUACAUGUGCACAUAUUAUACUAUAUUCUAAAGCAAAGUUGUAGCAAACUUAUGUACACAGUGAAAAGAGGCCGCUUUUAAUCAGAACAGAACACUCGAACAUGUAAUAUGUAAUAUGAGAUAUGAUAUGAUGAUAUAAUAUGAUACGAUGUCUAUUAUCCACGCGUUAACCGUAAGCAUACUGUGUACGAUCAUAACCAAUCCGCAAAGAUAUCGAUUUCGUGUAUGUACAUACAUAGGUGAGACAUCCUGAUCCUGGAUCCAGGAUCCAGGACACUCAACCCACACAGCCAGAGUGAGGAAAACGCUCCUACAGUCAUUUUUGUUAUUUAUCCAUUAAACUAAAUUAUCGACUACGAUAUAACCACGCAAAACAAAUACAAUUGAUAUCUCCGGGCGGAGUCCUGCCCCCCGCAUAAUUAUAAACAUAAUCUAAUCGUUUGCUGGCGAGGACGAGGAGCAGAAAAGGAUAAAACGGGGCGGCGACUUAUACGCGUAUAAGCCAUACUGUACAGUUGAUGCAAUGCUAACCUAGGCACUCUUUCAUCUCUAGAUAUACGUGUGUACUCUUAUUUACGAUUACGAUAGUAGAACGCAGCGAUUCCAGCUUUAACUUUUGUUUUCGAUUAUUAUAAACUAUUAUUUGUUUUUCUACGUUUACUACUUAUUAUUACCAUUAUGAUUAUUAUUUUGUUUUUAUUUAGCUCUAGGAAAGUAAUUAGCGAAGGAACGAAACGAAAUGAAAUGAAAAGAAGAGAAGAGAAGCGAUAGGAAGGAGUGGCUGCCAGUUAAAUGACUUUCGACUUUUCUUUCAUACGCGAAUUUUUAAAUUAUAAAUCUAUAUUAUACGAGUACGUAACAUAAAACUUAAAUAAUUUAUAGUAAUUUAAACGAUUGCUAAACCAACUAGUACUAAAGACGAAGAGAACAAACUAGAAAUUAUACCGAAACGGAAAUGAAUAAAAAUACAUUCAAAUAAAACA